UGUACUACACCUCAAUUUAAACAUUUCAGUUAAUAUUAUAUACAAUAAACUAUUACAAAUAUAAUGUUAACCUCACAUAUAUAUAAAAAAAAAAAUUUUUUAAAAUGACCCAUUGUGACAGGUACUUUGAAAAAAUAAACAACAGGCACCCUAGCAUAGUCCAAGACUUAAUUGAGGUUUUUAGAAGCGAGGGUAGUACCUCACCUCAACGCUCCAUAAACUUAUUACAAAUUAGGUUAGCUUACCUUGAUAUAACGGGCGAAGAUUUCCCAGUCAAAGGAGGCACUAGGGUACAGAUGAGUUUCAUUCUCACGGUACCAUAUGUAUGCUGUUUUUCAAACGCAGCAGGCACACUGCGUUUCUACCUAAUGGUGGAACCAAAGCAGUAA